AUGAUGCAGCUGAAGAUGCUCAUUAUCGUUGUGAUCUGGUUUGCUUCUGCAGCUGCUGCGGAGUCUGAUGAGAUCUUGUCGCGGGCAGAGUCCUCUGAUUCGCAGUCAAUCCAUGAUGCACCUGCCAACCGCAUGAUGGAGAUUCGCGAUAGAAUCGCUCGUGAUUCCCAAGACUCUAAGAAACAUGUUCAUGCACUGUCCAAGCAACGCUCUCUUGAUAGAUCAGCUUCGCUGUCAUCAGCAAGACCACGCUCAAGAUUGAACUCAGCUCAGGUUUCACAUGCACAGGUCAGUGAGCUUUCUCUCCUCGACAACUCUCAGGCUCCGGGAGAUGACAUGGAGCGUCUUGGAGAUUCUCUCCCAAGCAUCGUGUAUGGCGGCAGGAAGUACGCCACACUCGACGGAGCUUACUAUCAAUCACAGAGGACUGAUACCAGCCAAGACUGCCAGACAAGAGCCAUGCGCCUCCCAAAGAGCUGGGCUGUAGCUCCUGACGAUCAGACUUCGAGAGAUGUCAUCGGCAUGUAUACGUGGGGCACGACCUCCAUGGUCGUCAACAGCGGGAACAGCUAUCCCACCAACUGCAUGUAUUGCUCCUACUCGCACAACAAUCUGGAGCAAAGCAGCGAUGGCUUGUACUGGCCCCAGUACUGCAACUCCCGAAUUUUGAUUGUUUACGUCGGAUGUCCUCCAGGUCAGACUCGGGAGUUCUGCUCCAGCAUGUUCCGCGAUUCUGCAGAGUCAAAACCCGCAGCAGCUCACUUCUACGGGCCGACCAAUUCAUCCAUACUGAACACGACUUAUCUCAAGCCAGAUCCAACGUCAGGAAGAAACUGGAGCUACAUCCUCCCGCCGACUUCGGUCGACGACAGCAGCUGGCUGGUGCCGAACCUUGGGUUUCCCUUCUGCAUCUUUGGAGGCAACCAGCAGACAUCUGUGUUCGUCUCCUCCAACAGCUUCAUCACCUUCGGAGGAGGUUCGUCGGCCUACAGCUCACUCUCAGCUACGAAUCCUUGGUAUCCCACGCUGUUUGUCGGAGCUGGAGACACUUCAGCCCAGCUCAUCGUCGGCAGUCCGAUCAGGGAGGACAACAUGGACGCCUAUGUGAUCAGGUUCGAGGGGACUUCGUCGACCUCUGGUCAACCAGGAAAUCCGAAUCUUAUCUUUGAGGUCACUUUCUUUGCCAACAACACCCUGCGUGUGGCUGUGGGCAGACAGGACAUUUAUUUCUCAACCAUGUACAUGAUGAGCGAUGGAAUGGGAACUACCUUAACGACUUUUGAUCCUCGUGUUGGUCAACCUGUGCUGAUAGUCUCUGGCGUCCCGUCUUCUAACAUCCUGAUCAAUCUGCCAUGUGUCACCUGCAGCAACAUCACCAUUCCUGAGCACGCGUUGUACUCUCCGCUCCCCUCAGGAGCGCCAGAAACAUGCAGUUGGAUCUGUGAGCCUGGAUUCUACCUGCAGGAUGGCACCUGCAUUGAGUGCACCGGCAAGCCUAUGAACGCAACCUAUGCAAAUGAUCAGUGCGGCUGGCUGUGCGACGUCGGGUUCUACAAAUCAGGCAGCAUGUGCUGGCCCUGUCUGAACCGGCCAGCCAACGCUGUCUUCGUAUCAGCAGGACAGCAGCUGGGAUCUGACUCCUGCGCCUGGCAGGAGGUUGCCCAGGAGUCAGGCUAUGUGUUCUCGACCCUUGGAGGAUACGGACCAUACUCGCAGUACUCCACAUGGGGCUGUCUCUCUGACAACGCCGAGUACCUCCCCUUGCCGGCAAGCUGGGUGGUGGCACCCGAUGAUGAGCUCAGCAUCAAUGUCACCGCCAAGUACGACUGGGGAGCCCUCCGACUUGUGCUGGACAGUGGCUCCAGCUACUACACGAACAGCAUACUGAACGACAUAUCAGGUCCAUCUUGGUACUGGGACAUGAUGUACUACUGGAGUACUCCAGGCAACCGUGAUUACUACCAAAAUGCUUUGACGACGUAUGAUGGAGUUUACUAUCGGUCAACCGACUGUGAUGCUCGAGUUCUCAUCCGGGCCCCCAUGUGUGCUGCUGGUUACCAACCGGCUGAUCCCGAGGGGUUGAAGGAAUCUGCCAACAUGUCGCAGUGUGUUCCUUGUUCGAACGAAAUUCCAGCAGGUGCCGAGUACGUGCUCUCACCUUACGCUCAGCAGCUGAGCAGUUGCGGAUGGAGCUGCAAGGUCGGCUACUAUCCGACUGGUUCAACGUGUUCUCAGUGUGCAGGCAAGCCUUCCUUGGCUGUUUAUACAGGAGCUGGGCUGCAGAGCAAGCCAGACAGCUGCUCAUGGAGCUGCUUGCCUGGGUAUCAUAAAGUAGACGGAUGGAGCUGUGAGACUUGUACUGACGCCCUUCCCUCAAACGCUCACUGGGAAGGCUCGGACUGCGCAUGGGCCUGUGACUUCGGGUACCGACUGAACUCAAGCAAUGUCUGCGAAGACAUCUCGAUUUACCUCGACGGGCAGCGAUACGCUAGCUUGGACGGGCGCGGACCUCACGACUCCUCCCUGUGUGUCUGGAAUGGAGCAAGAGAAAUCCCUGCAGGAUGGCUGCUAGCUCCUGACACCAGCGCGAGCGUUGCUGUCGCCUCCCAGUACACGUGGGGAUCUAACUUGGUGGUCCUGGCCGAUGGAAAGGCAUGGAACUCGAUGUACGGCAGCUACUGCUGUUCUUCUCAGCUGCAUAAUUACCAAGACAAAUUUUUCUCCACUGAAAGCUGCAGCACUGUCCUCGUGGUAGCUGAAGACUGUCUUGCCGGUUAUCAUAGGGAUCCAAACAACCUCACUCAAUGUGUUGCUUGCAGUAACUACAAACCCGCCCAUGCCUUCUACAACAGCAGUGGAUUCCCUGCUUCUAAGAACAAUUGUAAAUGGCAGUGUGAUGUUGGAUACUAUCCGGAUGCUUCUGUGACUACUUGUAUCCCCUGCUCCUCUGCUCCUCAAAACUCAAUCUACACGAGCAGCAACGGUGACUGUGCCUGGACAUGUCGUGCUGGCUUCUAUCUCCAAGACACGUCAUGCAAAGCAUGCAGAACGAUUCUGCCAGACUUCGCCUACUUCAUCGCAGGUGCUGAUAAUUCUCAGACGUGUCAGUGGGCAUGUCGUUUCGGAUAUAUGCAGGUCGGAGGAAGAUGCGUGGGACUAGAGUAUUCUGGCAGAUACUAUGCCACACUUAGCGGCCGAGGCCCUAACGAUCCGUAUACGUGCGAGAACAACCCGUACAUGGCGAUACCCCAGGGCUGGGAGCUAGCGCCCAACACACAAGACAGUCAGUAUGUGACUUGGCUCUACCCGUGGGGAUCCAACGCCUUGUUUCUCGCUGACGGCACCGAGUGGUGCACAGCAAGAAACAGUCAAACGAGUCCAAGUAGAUGCUGGUGGAGCUCAAUGGUAUCUUACAACGGCAUGUACAAGAGCAACGGGUGUGACCAGGCUAUUCUGUUGCGCUCCAUCGAUUGUGCCUCGGGAUACAGUCAGAGCGGCUCCAGCUGUGUGCCCUGCAGCAACUCCAUCCCUGCAAAUGCUUCAUACGGAGCUCUAGAGCAGGUGGGCGGAACAACCUCGUUCUCAUCGUGCGGCUACACCUGCGACGCAGGUUUCUACAUGCAGGGAGGCACCUGCGUCCAUUGCAACCAACUUGUUUUGCCAGCAAAUGCCGAAUACGUGCGACUAACUAUCAGGGCGAGCAGCCAGUAUGAAUGUCAGUGGCGAUGCAUGGCAGGCUACUACCUCAAGGCCGGGCAGUGCGUCGCGUGCGAGGAGGUGAAGCCUGUGCGGGCUCACUGGCUGGUCGAGGGGACGAACGGGACGAUGUGCGGGUGGGCGUGCGACUUCGGGUCCUACUCGUCCGCAGACGGAGACUGUCGUCCGCUACAGGCCUACGGAAGGUACUACGCGGCCCUCGACGGCUCCUCACCGUACAGCUACAGCGGGGGUUGUGACGGAAACGAGCUGAGAGCAAUACCUGCUGGCUGGCAGAUCGCUCCUAACACCAUGGAGAGUCAGAUGACCGUGUGGAUGCACGGCUGGGAUAACUGCCUCCUCAUGCUCGCAGACGGCUCCAGCUGGCAGACUUCAAGCUGUUGGCAGCAGACGUCAUCACCUCAGUCGCAAUGCUGCUACUCGCUCAUCUCGUACGACGGCAUGUACAGGUCGUCGUACGGCUGCAGCGGGUCGGUUCUGCUUGUGUCGGAGUCCUGUGCGGCGGGCUACUACUUCCACAACGGCACCAACUGCAGCAGCUGCGCUAACCCGAUCCCCCCUCACGCCGUGUAUGCCCAGCAGCUUGACCCCAGCAGGUACAGCGACAGCGUCUGUCCGUGGGAGUGCGAGCCUGGCUACGUGCGACGAGGCGAGGCGUGCGAGGCGUGCGGGACGGCACCGGGCAACGCAGAGUACGUGUCGUACGGGCCGGGGGGGCUGAACGGGUCAUGGACGGAGUGCGGGUGGCGAUGCAUGGCAGGCUACUACCUCAAGGCCGGGCAGUGCGUCGCGUGCGAGGAGGUGAAGCCUGUGCGGGCUCACUGGCUGGUCGAGGGGACGAACGGGACGAUGUGCGGGUGGGCGUGCGACUUCGGGUCCUACUCGUCCGCAGACGGAGACUGUCGUCCGCUACAGGCCUACGGAAGGUACUACGCGGCCCUCGACGGCUCCUCACCGUACAGCUACAGCGGGGGUUGUGACGGAAACGAGCUGAGAGCAAUACCUGCUGGCUGGCAGAUCGCUCCUAACACCAUGGAGAGUCAGAUGACCGUGUGGAUGCACGGCUGGGAUAACUGCCUCCUCAUGCUCGCAGACGGCUCCAGCUGGCAGACUUCAAGCUGUUGGCAGCAGACGUCAUCACCUCAGUCGCAAUGCUGCUACUCGCUCAUCUCGUACGACGGCAUGUACAGGUCGUCGUACGGCUGCAGCGGGUCGGUUCUGCUUGUGUCGGAGUCCUGUGCGGCGGGCUACUACUUCCACAACGGCACCAACUGCAGCAGCUGCGCUAACCCGAUCCCCCCUCACGCCGUGUAUGCCCAGCAGCUUGACCCCAGCAGGUACAGCGACAGCGUCUGUCCGUGGGAGUGCGAGCCUGGCUACGUGCGACGAGGCGAGGCGUGCGAGGCGUGCGGGACGGCACCGGGCAACGCAGAGUACGUGUCGUACGGGCCGGGGGGGCUGAACGGGUCAUGGACGGAGUGCGGGUGGCGAUGCAUGGCAGGCUACUACCUCAAGGCCGGGCAGUGCGUCGCGUGCGAGGAGGUGAAGCCUGUGCGGGCUCACUGGCUGGUCGAGGGGACGAACGGGACGAUGUGCGGGUGGGCGUGCGACUUUGGGAGCUUUCAACGGAUCUCUCAAGGGCCCAACAACAAGCCGGUCGUGAGCUGUGAGAUGUUUCAGUACGGCAAUAGAUACUAUGCAACGUUGUACAGUCACUCUCCCGAGGAUACGCGGCAGUGCACAAGUGACAUGAGGUUUCGUAGCAUCCCUGCCGGCUUCAUGAUAGCCCCCAACACCAUGGACAGUGAAAUGGUCACGGCAACACAGCGCUGGGGUGUUUGUCGCUUGCAGCUCUCAGAUGGUUCUCUCUGGCAGACGUCCAAUUGCGCCUGCUGUAACUCUCCCUCCUUCUACAUGAAUAGCCUCCUCAUCUCCCGGGGAGACCAGUACCGAGCUUGGGACUCUUGCAGUGAUAUCCUUCUUGUCUCCUUGUUCUGCUCCCCUGGUUUCUACCUUUCAGGUUCUUCCUGCGUCUCCUGCACAAAUCCUAUUCCUGCAAACGCCAGCUAUGCUGCAGCUUCCAACCCUGGGCAGUACGCUGACAGCAAGUGUCCCUGGCAGUGCGACGCUGGAUUCUAUCAGAGCUCUGAGUGGAUGGUUUGUCUUCCCUGCACUAACUCGAUCCCCAAGUUUGCCUUCUACUCCACCGCGGGCCUCGUGGAUCAGCCUGAGUCCUGCCAAUGGGCCUGUGCCAACAACCUCAGUUAUGGCGCUGGCUGCAACGUCAGCAGAUCUCACGACCUCGAGCACGAGGUCAGUUACAAGGGAAGAGUCUUCGCGUCCUUCGACGACGUCGCACCCACGUCUUUGAAUCGUUCCUGCCAACGUGACGGCUCCAUGCUUCAGCAGCCUCCGUUGGGCUGGGUGGUGGCUCCGUGGAGCGAAGACGCUGUGAGAGUCAUCGCGUCAUACCCGUGGGGAGCUCGAGGGAUGGUGCUGGCAGACAGCGUUGCUUACCAGACGGGCAGGAUGUACGAGGACUACAUGGGCUACUACACGCCUGGGACUGUGGUGUCUGACUAUGCCAUGUAUCGCAGCGGCAACUCAUACGCUCUCAUGUACUGCGACAAUCAGUUCUGGGCCUUGAGGAUCCUUCUCGUCCGCCUAGACUGCGCUGAGGGCUAUCAGGGCAGGGGGGAUCAGAACUGCACGCCAUGCUCCCAGCUCCUGCCUGCCAACGCCGUGGCUUCCUCCGGGCCAAAUGGAUGUGGGUGGACCUGUCAGGCAGGAUACUUCAAGUCUUACGACGCUUGCUCUGCGUGCAAUCCCAGGUAUCCAAAGCCUGAGAAUGCCGUCUACGUGGAAUCAGAUGACGCAAGUGGUGUGGUAUGCCCGUGGCGGUGCGGCCUCGGUCACUACCGCAGCUACGGCAGCUGUCUUCCAUGCAUGAACAAGCCUAACAUGGCUUACUUCCUCAGCAGCAGCUCCGAAGAGUGCUCGUGGCGUUGUCAGCCCGGCUACUACAGGUUGGGGAUGCAGUGUCUGCCUUGUUCGAACCCUCUCUCUGCUGAGGACGGAGUCAUCCUCCGACCAGGAUCUGUUCUGUGCAAUGUGACUUCAUCCUGCAGUGCCAGCAGCUGGCAGGGGAGCUCGUACCAGUGCGGAUGGAUCUAUGCGGUGACCUCGGAGAGCGGGGACGAGUACGCUGUGCUUGUUGACAACAUGACGACCCCGUGGGAUCCCCUGCAAGGCCCAAUCUCAACUCCCAAUCAGAUGCUUCAGUGCGGCAUGGUCCAGCUUCCAGCGGGCUGGCAAGUAGCCCCCAACGACACGGACGCGGCUGGAGUAGUUACUCGCUAUCCCUGGGGCCUCCGCAGGCUGGUGGUGGCGGACGGGACAGUCUACUCGACCUUCAACGAUGAUUCCAUGGUUCCGGGAAGCAUUUCCCAGCUCUCUGGCUUGACCAAGUCCAUCAGGACUGACGCCGAGCUGUACUCGCUGUCACCAGGUGUAAACUGCCAUGACACGCGUAUCCUCAUCAAGAAGAUCCGCUGCAACCCCGGCGAGUACAUCUCAGGAUCCUCCUGUCGGACCUGCUCGAACCCCGUGUGCAGGAGCGGAGAGCAUGCUCUGCCUUGCAGCGAGUUCCAAGACAGCGUCUGCAGCUCAGCUGUCCAGCCAUGCAGAGGCAAGUGCAACUGUCAGCUCUACCAGGCAGCAACAGGCUCGAUGAGUGAUGGGUCAGCCAUGUCCAGCCUGUACGACGACGGGAGCAGCUGCAGGUGGCUCAUACAGCCCGCUGGAGCGAGCUCCAUCAAGAUCGACUUCACCUCCUUCGCGCUCGAGGCUGGGUAUGACUUUGUCACUGUGAACCAGUGCAUCGGGCUCGCAGCUCCCAACCUCGAGUGCAUCGGCAGCACGGAGCUGGUGAAGCUCACGGGGACCCCCGAGCUCGGCAGCCUCACCUACACCUCCAGCUACGGCAUCAUCGAGAUUGUCUUCCAGACCGACGAGAGCGUUGCCUACCAGGGCUUCACGAUGACGUGGACGGCAAACAUCUCGAGCAACGCACUCUCUCGGUACUGGUUCGUCAAGAGCCAGUACCUUGACUGUCGGAUGCAGCAUAGUUGGCAGGACAUCGUCGAGGGCCUUUCGGUCCAAAACAAGACGUUUGCGAUGGGAGGCCUCGGGGAGCUGAUGAUCAGGGGGGAGCUCGAGGUCUGGGUGUGUACCCUUGCUGAUGCUUGCUCGCUGCCUGGAGAUGCCUUCUGUUACAUUUACGACGAGCAGCGAGAGGUCUUCGUGCCAUGGGACAAGAACAGCAACCUGAAGCUUGUAGAAUAG